UGUGAAAUCAGGAAUAUCCAAAGGAAGAUGAAAAUUGUGGUCAAAGAUUGGAUAAAGUCACGCAAGAUAACUUCUCAAUCGAUAAAUUUAAGGAGAAGAUUGCAGAGCUGACUGCUCAGGUAAACGAAUGUGAAAAAUAAAAUGAUUUCUUCUGAAAAUGAUGUCUUCUCUAAGAAUGCUGAAAAUCAUUGUCUAAAGUCCAGGAUUAAAGAUCUUGAGGAUAAAAAUACACUUAACGCAAAGAAUCGGAAUAAUGCAUCAAGCUCCUUCACACUUCCAUCUGAGUUUAAAUCUUGUUAAGAAGAAUUAGUGGAAGUUAUGAUCUUAGAUGCAUUUCCUGACUUUAUUGAUAAGUAUAAGUUACUUGUUCCACUGGUACAGGCUAUCAAGGACCAAAGAAAUCUAAAGUUGGCCAGCAUCGGAGAACUUCUCAACAUUUGCAGAGUUGAGGAAGGUAUGGCCACCUCGACAUCAAGACUAGGUCAUUGUUUCAAGGAUGUUCUCUUAAAUAUUUUCAGUUUGAAGAUGAAUUUUACCAAAAGCUUAUUUUCGACCAAUAUGUCCUUAUUUGUAGAACUAUCAUUGAGAGUUAUGAAGAUGACCAGGAUGAGGACUAUAUGGAGUUUUUGAACGAAGCUGUUAAUAGCCAAUAUUUCAAGAAUUUUGUUAAAACUUUACAUAAGAUAUAGUGUUGCACAUAAGAAUAAAUGAAAUAGAAUGAAAGAACAGAUAAAAUGAAGUUGUUGGCUUAGAGCUUAGGAGAUCUCUGUAAGGGUCCCUUGAGGCUGUCUUCAUUCAAGACAUCGACCCCAAUUUGCUGGACGUUUCGACCUUUUCAAACUUCCUUGGCUGUCAUCUAAAUUAUCCUCAAAUACUUUGAGCGCACUAUAAAUUCACAUCUUAAAGAGCCAACUCCUGAUUAGGAUUAGCUCCGAGUUACUUUUCAGGAUUAGAACUGAGGUAGAACCUACUUCUAGCGAAAGUGCUCAGAUUUGUCUUACAUGCUUGUAUUAGAGAUAUAAUUUAGUGGCGGUCACUCUAUAUUUCCAAUGCACAGAUCCAAUUUUUCAAUAACUUUGAUCCAAAAAGGUGUUGCACAUAAGCCUAAGUGAUCUUCCGAUCUCCAUAGACCUAAUUCCUCGUGUGGAAAGAAGCACUAACAGAUAUUUGAGAGAUGUAUGAAUUCAGGAGUUUUCGUAAAACAGAAAUGUUCUGUAUCGAUGGUUUCCCGAGAGAAGGCCUUUCUUCAGUUGGGAUGUACCCACUCCCAAUGAAGGGGAAGUAUGUUUAUCAAGGCAUUAAGCCUUCUGUGGUCAAGUUUCCUGAAGCAACCGAUGAUAUUGUUGGAUUACUCAGAAAUUUGGAAAAUACACAGAAGGAUAAAGAGAAGGGGCUAGUGAAGCAGGAGAGUCGAGAUAGAGAGAGGAUUGAUGAAAGGUCGAAGGAUUUUGAAAUUGAGAAGGAUGAGUUGGCUCGAUUUAGUCAGUUUAAAAGAGAUCCCCAAAGUGAUUUGCAGCAGAAUUCCAACAAAAUAGAUGAAAAAGUCUGAAACAUUAAACAUAUUUUUAAUCCAGACAUUUGUAAAUUUCCAAUCGAAUACGAUAAAUUUGGCAAAAUAGAUCCUCUAGAAUCUAAUUCAGUCAAACAUCCAUCUCUUCAACAAGUAGUAAAUGAGUUCUUAAUUGAUCAAGAAAAACUUUCCAAUUCAUCCCCUUCCAAACUAUCACCCAACUGCUAUAACAUUGAAGAAAUGACUUUUAAGGGAGCCUCAAGACAGAACAUCAGUAGGGACUUAUCUCCAACCUUUAAAGCCAUUUCUGAUUCUGAGACACCCGAUCCUUUCAUCAAGAACGAACAUAACGAAACUGUAGAUUCAAAUGAUGCUAUAUCUUCCCAAUAAAUGCAUGAAACAGAUCAGAACUUUCAACCAAAAGAAAGUAAUUCCGACUUGCCAGCAUUUCUAAUAAAAGUGCUCAGCAAAUAGAGUCCUCCAAAGCCAAUGAAUCCUCGCUUAAUCCUACCUCUCUGAAGAGACUUAAGGCUCCAAAGCUCUCCAUCCAAACUAUUGAACCUGCUGACCUUCAGAAAAAUGAAUAUAAGCAAAGCCUUCUUCAGCAGAAAGAUUUUAGUAUCGAAUAAAUUAAAAUUCCAGUUUGUCAACUAAAGGAGAAUCCUCAAAAAUUUGAACCAACAAAAGACAUCCAGGUUUCUUCAAAGGAAAUACCUGAUUUAGCCAAAUCUCUUGAGAAGGAUAAAUCGCCGUUUGGCAACGUUUUCGUUAACAAAGUUAAUUAUUUUCAUCAGAAUGCAGCAGGUCAUUUUAGAACACAAAUCCAAAGUAUUCAAAAUUUAGAAAGUUUUGAUGACUCCAAGCAAUUUUCCACUCAAAAUGAAGCUUCAGCAAAACAUAUUUUAAGAAGAAAUUCUACUUUUACAAAACUAGAAUUUGAGUUAUGUGAAGCUGAUGACAUCGAUGAUACCCUUGAACGUGAAAGCAACUGUAAUAACAAGGUUACAAAAGACAUGUAUUACCAAAGGAAAAUAGAGAAUUCCUCGGUUGUGUUUAAAGACAUAAAUCUAAUUCUAAAUUAUGCUAAAAUGGAGCUCUCGAGACAGAACAGACAACUUGUUACUCCUCCUUACUACACAAUUCUAAAGGAUUUGGGUAGUUGAACCUCAUACAAAAAUGAUUCAAAUCGAAGAAUGUCUAAACCAGAAACUGUCAGGGAGAUUCUCAUCAAAAAGAAGAAAUCAACCUGUGAAACCCAGCAUAAACCAAAAAGUGCUUCACUUUAAUCAGCACAAAUAAGGAGGGAGACAAAGAAAAUGGAAAUUCUAAAAAUAGCACAGUUUUUGGUAAAUAUAACAACUCUGAAUUCCUAUCUGUCUUUGGAGUUAAUCUGAAGAAUUCUGCUGACAAGAGAGAAGAGAGGUACCUCAGAAAAGAAUAUGUCAAGCAAGAGUUAAGCAGGUCUUUUAGAUCUGGUUGUAAAUAAUGGCUAAUCUGAUGACAAGAAUUCUCGCCCUGAAGGAGAUAUCUCUAAAUUGGUUGGAGCUAAUCCGAAGAAAGUUCCUUUCCCCACAAAUUCGUUGUUGAUCGACAAGAAUGAAAGCUGCAACCAGCAAGUUCAAAGAUUGGGAACUGAGCUUAGUAAUCAUAAUUCAACAGAAAAAUUAGAUCAGAGUAAAUAGAAUGUUCAAGAAAAGUUAAAAUUUCUUUUCAAAACUGUUAAGUGAAAUUCCCUGGUUCAGACCAGUGUGAGACACCCUUCUUGCACAGUUGAGAAAAAAUCUCAAGAGGGAAAUAUUGUGAAUAAGAGAGUAUUUAAAAUUACAGAUGAGACUUACCAGAAGAGAAGUUAUAACAACAGCUUGUGUAAUUCCGGUUUUAAUAAGGCGACUCCUUUCAGAGAGCCUUAUGGGAAAAUCUUGCUAUCAAUACUAUUCUGAAAGAGAAAAUCCAUCAAGGAAGGAAAAUUUCUAAGUCUAAGAGAAACAAUUAUGAUAUGCCUUUGAAUGAUUGAGGAUGAAGCCUAACCCAAGUUAUCAAACAAAUAAUUUUGCUAGAACUAGCGAAGAAAUCAAAACGAACAUUAAGAGUAAAAUUAAUGAUUAUCAAUAUGUCUUGAAGAACAAUUUUGUUAGCAACUCACAGAAUCAAAGAGAUUCCUUGGAAAAGAAUGACAGAUUAUCUUUGAUAAGCAAGGAUACUCCUCCUAAGUACACAAGUGGCUCUUCAAAUGCUUUCUCAACUGAAGCUGUUAAUAGAAUCGAUUAUGAGAAAAGAAAUCAAUUUAGAAAUAUCUCGAAUUAUUACAGAAUUGAAUCUCGGAGCCCAGUUGCAAGAAGAAAAUCAGCUGAAGGAUAUAAGCCGGAACAAGUCAGUAAUAGAAAUUUGAACUGCAUUAUCCAACAUCCUGGAAGGUUGUAAUGCGGUAGAAUCAGAGCUUAAAGAUCAUGAAAACUUGCAAAAUUAUUUUAAUCCGAAAAGGUCUCAAUAUAAGGCAGGAAGGACAAAUUUAGAGAAUUCUUGAUCCUCAUACAGCAGUCUUUCUAUAGAUACAAAUAAGAGAGUUCAGAAUAUUACAAGAACGAUCACGCAUUAUCAGAGAUCACAAGACUCUUGUACUUCACUCUCUGUUUCAAACGAAAUAGUCAAGAGGAAUAAUCCCUUUCGCAGCAUUUAUUCAGGAAGUUCAUCGAACCAGAAAUCGAAAUUUUUGACUAAAAUGUAUCAGAAGAAGCCUUUGCUGCCAACUGGUGACUUUGAUGAGCACUUAGCAUAGGCUAGAAUGCCCAAAGGAACUUAUUUAGAUUUGCGAGAGCUCUAAACGACCCAGCUAUAGCUUUUAAAUUAUUCAA